CUUCCAACGUGGAGAAAUGGUUGAGUAGAAGAAAUGAGUAAAUGGGCCGGGGGACAACGCAUAAUACUGGUGGUGGCAACAAGGAUUAAGCUAGCUCGCUGGAAUCGUUCAAUAGUUGUUGACACGUCGAACACCCAAACCACAUCGAAGUAGGAGUAAAUGACUUGGAGUUCAAGAAGAUUCAUAACCGGAGUACGAUGAGGAAAAGCAUGACAAGGACAAAGUAAAUCACAGAGUUACCUUGCUUCAAGUUGCCGUUAUUGGUUUAGUCACAGUGCCACCUCAGGUGAAGGCCUAAUCACAGUGCGAGUCUUUCUUUUAAGUCGGGACGAGUAUGAAAAUACUCAUAGUUAGGUGCUACGAUGAAGUGAUGACUGUCAGAUUAGUAGCAAUGGAAUUUCGAGGACGAAAUUUUUAUAAGUGGGGAGGAAAUGUAACACCCGGUCCUUCCUUAUAUUUGAAAAUCCUAAACUACCCUCCACGACUUAGUAAUUGAUUGACUAUAUAUUUACCCUAAACUAAACCCUAGAGGAAAUCCGAGGACUAACUGCGGAUACAAGCCCUAGAUCACACCAUUGUUCUUCUUAUAAACACCUCCGCCGAUCAUCAAAGCUCGAUCAGCACAAGCUCUGGUAGCGGAGAAGGGAUCGAAGGGAGCAAGGGAAAGAGAGAACGUGACAAUCAGCAGCCUAGUCGAGGCUUUGGUGUUGACAGCGCUUUGGAAAACAUAGUUAUUGACUAUGGUGGAGAAGCUCAUGACCACGACGGCCUGCGUAGAAUGCUGGUAUCAAGUACAUGACGUACGGGCAGGAGAUGACGGUAUCACUGCCGCACGAUGGCCCAAGACGAGGUUCGAAUUCAGACUGGCCGACGGAGGUAAGGAGUUGUACUUUCCUUUUCACUUCAACUUAAGGACUCACGUAAUACUAUUGAAUGCAAAUUAUGAAAUGAUCCUGCUGGGGGAAGUAGGUGGAACCUCAUGCGUAUGCAUGGAUGGAUGGAUGGAAUUAUAUGUGUGGAGAAAUCCAAGUUCUUUUAGCAAAUGUUGGUCGGUUCAGGUUCAUUGUUUCGGUUCAGGUUCAUUGUUCUAAGAAAUUAGGGUGCGUCAAACAUAUAAUGAUAUAUACAAUCUUCAACACAUUCAGUUUCGGGUAUAGACUAUAGACGAUGGGCGUGUAGAUAACUAAGCAGGGACAGAUUUUGUCAAAGCCAUUGCGAGAAAAACACGAACUGAAUUGUAGCAGUACCACAAUGGAGUAGAAAGACCGAUCACCAACCCUUGACAAACCAGUAUACAACUCUACCUUAAAAAUCCCGUUAUCAAAAUCAAUGUGUUACCCCUUCAACAAUAAAAUUUUACAUCGGAAAAGGGCUUGAGAAACCUUGGGAUUUUUCCAGAAAUAGUACCUUUUAAAAAAAAUUACAAAAAUAGCACUCAGCCGAAAAUAUUUACAAAAAUAGCACCCUUUUUUAUGGAACGCACCUUAGAGGUGUGUUUUAUAUAUAAAAAACACCCCUAAGGUGCGUUCCAUAAUCCUGGGCCAAAACCGCAUCUUGGUCAAGCGGUUUCAGGUCUGACUUACAAAAACCGCUUGACCGAGGUGCGGUUUUGCCACACAAACCGCACCCCCAAGUGCGGUUUGUGUGUCAAUUAUUUUCAGACACCAGACAAGCAGCCAUGCAGAUUCACGGGCGUGGGGCUGCAUGGCAGAUGAAAAACACACCUCUAAGGUGCGGUUUUCAUUGAUGAUUUUGCCUAUAAAAGGCAGCCGGGAAAUCUUCUUCUCUUCACACCUCUCCUUCCCCCUUUUCAAUUAUCUAUUGUAGCUCCAUAUUUCUCUAGUGUUUUUGCGGUUAACGUUAACUCGUAAGUUUUUUUGUAUUACUUUUUAUUGUGAAUUGUGAUUUUUAUGAUAUUAGUUGAAAUACUGUUUUUUUUUUUUUUUUUUUUUUUUGCAGAUGGCAUUCCAAAAGUUCACGCUUCGGUUACGGUGGAAUGGUUACACAGAAGAGAGCGGAAAGGGGGUCACCUACGUCGGUGGCAAUUUUCAGAAAAUAAAGGUCGCUACCAGACCGAUGCUUGAAGACCUCUAUCAAAUGUGUACUAACGUUACUUGCAUGGAUGGCACGAGAAGAGUUGAUCGUAUGGUGUACCGAUAUCCAAACAGAAAAGGCGGGUCGUUGUGGCACGAGGAAUAUCUCAUAACCACUCAGGAUGAGGUAGAUGCCAUGCUCGAAUUCUUGAGGUCCAACAAACUUUCCAAAGUCAAGAUGUUCGUUUACACCGAGCUGGUCGUACGUGUUGGAGGUCAUUCUGGAGACGGUCAAACAUCUGGUAUCCAUGGUGGAGGUGAAUUAUAUGGAGAUCAUCCCUACCAAAGUUACCAUGAUCCUCAUUCCUAUUUUCAGUACCAAGAGCAAGGUGAAGGUCAUCAUCAAUCUUACCCGUCAUAUGAAGAAGAAGUUCAACCGGACCAUGCCAACCAACCCAAGUACAACUUCCACUCAGGCAGUGGUAGUUUUCACAACUACCAUUAUGGAGCUUAUGAAGGUGCCUUUCAUGAGCUGGAUCAGAUGGAAGAUGCCCUGCCAGCACCAGUCAGUGACCCCUCCGAUGAAGAAGGAGAGAACAAUGUCAGUGCAGACAGCUCCAACCCUCUUGAAGGUGCUGAUGAUUCAGGACCAGAGUCAGACUCAGAUGAUGAUGAUGAGGUUGCACAUGACCGUGUACCAGUCCCCUACUACAAUCACAUAUUCAAAUGAAUUAACAUAAAUAACAUUGUAAAUGAAUAAUAAUUUAAAGA